GUGAGCCGCUUUCUGGUGAUCGCUUUGGUGGGAUGGCCCUACGGGGCCGGAGUCCAGUCGUACAAAUUGACCGAUUCGCCGGUCAACCUCACCAGUUCAAACGACCCGACAGUCGCUCAAAAGGUGGAGAAAUUGGUUGAGAAGAACUUGGUGCACGACGCCGAAGACGACAGCAAGUUUCCCAUGCCCAAGGAGGAAGGCAACUCCACGAACGGCUCAGAUUUCGCCGAUCUGGCCCGCCACCUUGAGUUCAUGAUGCUGAAGAUGGCACAAGUGGAGACCAUCGUCGAGUUGCAGCAAGCUGAGAUCGCCGCGCUGCAGGCCGAAAACGAGGCCAUCAAAGCGCAGAUCGGUUUGGACGUCCAGCAUGUCGCAAUGGCACAGAAGCGCUCUCGGGAUCCCCAUGCAGCAAGCAGCGUCCUGAAGAAGAUUCUGGACAAGCACCACCGCCAGCGCGAGACUCGCGAGUACCAUCCCGAUGCCAACAAGGAGCCUGUGGGCGAGGAUCACGCCGAGGUGCCACCAGGAGCUGGAAGCCAAGAGGAGGCCUUGCUCCAGCGUCAGGAGAAGGGCAAGGCAGUGGAGUUUAUCCAGAACACAGUGAUCGACACUGUCGAGAUGGCAACCACGAUUCUCAUGAACUUCAAGGGCUUCAAAUUCUCUUCGAAUUGCCGCACCGAUACUCCGAAUGCCUGGCUGGCCGGCGAACACCUUCAAAUCCAGUUCGGCAAACUUUUUUGCGAGGUGACUCUUGUCAGCAAAAGAAUCACUCUCUUCGAUACGCACUGGCCACGAAGAAGCAUCCAUUUUCCCAAUCCGCUGCACCACUACAAUCCGUUGCACCACUUGCCGCAGCAGAUCCGGAGUGUUGCCGAUGCAAGUACGGAGGCCGUGUCCAGGGUACUCAGUUUCAUCCACGAUGUGCUGAACACGGGGCACUGCAACAGAGGCGACACGUUCCAUUGCAUUGCCAAGCGGUUGUCUCGCUACGUCAUGGAGUUUGAACCGCCACUGAACUGGUUGCCCAGUCCUGUCGGUGUUCUUGCAAACUCGCCUCUCAACUCCAUCAAGAGCUUGAUGGCCAUGGGGAACGACCUGAUGCACUGCCAGCACUUCGAAUCAGGAUCGGAGACGAUGAAAUGCCUUGGUUUCAAGAUCAUCGGGCUGGUGCCGCCCUUGAACUUCUUGAACCACCUGGGUGACGUGAUCGCCGAAACCGUCGAGGCCUUUGCGAAGGCAGCCACUGCCUUGGUGAAGAAGGCCUUGAAGGGCGGCACUUCCCUGAUCCAGAGGGCCAGCUUGUCCGACUUCCCUGCGAUCGGAAAGAUGCCAGUUCGCCAUCAGCAGGGAGACCUCAUCGUUGAGGUGCACUCUCAAGAGCCACAUCCCUCACUUCUAGAGUUCUCUUCGGCGCUGGGGCAGCAAGAGCAGGGCGGCCUUGACUCGGAGGGCCCAGGGAUCAAGCUGGUAGAUGGUCAGGACGUCCGUGCCACGAACCUGAUCACGCAGUUCAAUGGCAGGGAGGCCAAUUCAGGCUCCUGCCUGGCCUUUGCUCCCCGGAACAAGAACGGGGCGAAGGUUGGCAACCACCAAGAGGCCACGAAAGACGACUGGUCCAAGGCGAAGGAGGAGGACUUCGUGCAGCUGGAGCCCUGGGCCGUGCCCUGCGACAACACCUGGAUGAAGGACAAUUGGAACAAGUGGCAAGGCUACUCCUUCUACACGGGAACGACGUACGUCGAGAAGUGCCUGUCCGUGACCUUCAAGAUCGACAUCCAGCCUGUGGUCGCCUUCGUCGCCGGCUUGUCCAUCAAGUUUUUGCCGACCCUCUUUGACUUGAUCACCACCGUGUGCUGGCCCAACCACAUGCCUGGCGGCCUGGACUUGUCCGUCCUGCGCUCGGAGCUGAAAACCGGCGAUCACCUGCUGUUCAGCCGGACCUUGCGGCUUGCAAAGCGUUUUGGCUCUCACACGGACUUCGUGAAGAACAACUUGGGCCAGGGCUACCAAACUUGGAGAUCACCGCUUGGUAUCGCCAAAGGUGAGAGCAGGGCUGCAUUCGCACCUAUGUCGCUCUUGGACGGCAAUCGAAGCGACCAAGUCGCAGCAAAGGAUGCCAAGGAGGGCGAGAAGGUCGAGGCAGAGUCCUGGUACUGGAAGACCGAGACCGAGAACCUCUACCUUUCAUCCGUCGACUAUGGUGAUGCCAUGGAGGCUAACACGACCUGGGAGAUGCGUGGGGCGGAUGCCGCACGGCACUUGAGUGCAAUGCAGGAGGCUCAGGCGCAGGGCAAGGACAACAUCAUUCAGCUCUUUAACUUCAAGAAGCCAGGAAUGACGAACUUCGAAGUCCAAGGCCUUCUCAACGGCAACAGCCUUGAGAUGGGCCUCCAGAUGGGCUACGGGCCUUUUCAGAGCCCAAAGAAGAGGAUCCCAUUGGCCGACAUCGGGGUCCAGUUUGCCGUGAUCCUUGCAGCGGUCCCCUGGAUCUCGGUGGAAACGAAGAAGACGGCGAUCGCUGCCUUGCGGGACUUCUCCACCGAGGACGCUGGUCGAGUCCAGGGGCUUCCCCUGAGGCCAGGCUCCGUCAUUGCCUUGCACUGUACGCACAACAACCGCUACCUCUCCAUGCAGGCGGAUCACAUCUACGGCAGCCCGGAGGAGCGUCCCGAUGGGAUCAGGGAUUGGUGGACUCACCAGCGCUUUACCGUAGUAGAUGCAGGGAACGGUCAGAUCGCGUUGCACAAUGCGCUCCACAACAAGUUCCUCAAGUCACACGGCAGUGGAGUAAGUCCUACCAAAAACGUGAACGAGCUUCCUCACGAUUGGGGCGCAGAGAAAUGGAAAGUGGUGGAUGCCGGAAAUGGGCAGAUUGCAUUGCAGGGCUCGUCGAAGCGUUUCCUCACUGUCAACAAUGGCGGUGGGGCCGGCUUGACCGACCCUGUUGAUAAUCUGCCCGCACACUGGACGUGGCAACGCUUCACGGUGGUGGCCGCUGAGGUGAAGCUGGUCCCUGGAUCAACAGUGGCUUUCUACAACACCCUCCACCGAAAAUUCAUUGCCAUGAGAAAGAACCAUCUGGCACCCGGUGGUUACAGCGAAGGUGGUGACCUGCCCGACGAAUGGACCCACGAGCGCUUCACCGUGAUUCAGAAGAACGGUCGAGAGAUUGCACUGCACAACGCUAGAAAUAAUCGCUUCAUCAAGAUUAAUGGAGCGAGCCCGCACAAGAAUCCUGAUCGAUUUCCCCAAGGGUGGGGCAGUGAGUCCUUCGAAGUUUGGCCGGCCGUUGACGGAGAGAUGAUGCUUUGGAACCCCUCGGUCAACCGAAUGGUCCAAAUGGAUGGUGCCCACAUGGGCGAGAGUAUCCAUCCCCAUCCUGGCAUGGACACGCGCGGUUGGACAUGGCAGCGAUUCCGUGUCGUGCAUGUCAAGCCAUACCUGGAGCCGGGGACGGUCGUGGCCCUGCACAAUGCAAUCCACAACCGGUUCCUGUCGAUGGGACCUGAUCACUGGAUGGAUCGCAGCCCCGUCAAAGCCGUGGGGGACUUGCCCACGGGGUGGACUUGGCAGCGUUUCAAGGUUGUUGACGCCGGGAACGGCCAGAUCGGCCUCUACAACGAACACCACAGGCGGUAUGUAUCGAUGAGGGGCUGCCACCACAGACUGGGAACCUAUCAUGCGAUGCACUCAUAUGAACGGUUCACGGUCGUGCCUGGAAGUGAUUUGUUCGAUGGGGUGAUUGCCUUGCACAACUCGCACCACAACUGCUUCUUUCGCAUGACAUCCACUACCGCAGAUACCAGCUCUCACAAGUCGAUCCAGGACCUUCCGCAUGAUUGGGGACAGGAACGCUUUCACAUCGUGAAGUAUGGAGGGGGAAACCAGGCCAGCGAACCGGCCGGCAAGCGUCUGGACGUGUCUUUGACUUGA